AUGGUCUUGCAAGUCCCCUUAUUCAAGCUCCAAUGCGGAGUCAACUCGUACGAAUGGGGAAAGAAGGGAGAGGAAUCAGCUGCUGCUCGCUUUGCGGCCACGACACCAGCUGAGGGCUUUAGCAUUCAGUCUGACAAGCCCUAUGCGGAGCUUUGGAUGGGUACUCACCCUUCUAACCCCUCGAAAGACGUCCAGUCCGGUCGUACCCUUCUCGAUCUCGUCCAAGACAACCAACAACUUCUCUCCGCCCCCGUCUCUUCUAAAUACGGCUCGAAGCUCCCUUUUCUCUUCAAGGUGCUGUCCAUCAACAAAGCCCUUUCUAUCCAGGCCCACCCAAAUAAAAAACUCGCCGAGAAGCUGCACGCCCGCGACCCCAAGAACUACCCCGAUGACAACCACAAGCCAGAGAUGGCUAUCGCCAUCACCCCAUUCGAGGGCCUGUGUGGCUUCCGACCCCUUGCUGAGAUAUCCCAUUUGCUCUCCACCAUCCCACCGCUCAAGAGCCUCGUGAAGGAGGACAAGGCCGACGAAUUCAUCAACACUAUUAAGGGCGAGGAGGAUAGCGAGUCUCCCGAGACCAGGGAGCGAAACAAAACAGCUUUGCAGCACGUCUUCGCCUCCCUUCUAUCUGCCACGACCGAGGAGAUUGAAAAGGAAACGGAGCGUCUUGUCUCCCUUGCCAAAUCAGAAGGCAGCAACUUUGCGGGCGGCGGCGCCGGUCCUAGCGAUGGGGAGACCCUUUCGGAGCUGACGGUCCGUAACCACGCUGCCUUCGGCGCAGACAUUGGUCUCUUCGUACUCUUCUUCCUCAACUACGUCAAGAUGGAGCCUGGAGAGGCCAUGUUCCUUCGCGCCGACGAUAUCCACGCCUACCUUUCCGGAGACAUCAUUGAGUGUAUGGCCGCUUCUGACAACGUCGUCCGCGCUGGCUUCACCCCCAAGUUCAAGGACGUGCCUACCCUCGUCGACAUGCUCACCUACAAUUACGCCCCCAUCGACGAGCAAAAGAUGUCGCCCUCCGAGUAUCCCUACGCCACUCUCAACCGUGCCGCCUACAGCUCCGGCUCGGCCGUCAUCCUCUACGACCCGCCCAUCGAGGAGUUCAGCGUUGUGCGCUCGCUGCUCAAGGGUGACGGCGCCAAGGCCACCUUCGAGCCGCUCGAAGGACCUAGCAUCGUCAUUUGCACGUCAGGCAAAGGCACCAUCGCGGUGGGGCCCACCGUGGAGAAGAUUGGCGAGGGCCAUGUCUUCUUUGUGGGGUCGACGGCAGAACUGGUGCUGCAGUCCGAGGGCGGUCCCGAAGACGAGUUCGUCACGUUCAGGGCAUUUUGUGAGAUCGAUGACAAGGCGGAGGGAAAGUUAUAA